AACAGUGUGUGUGUUGCAGGACUCAGUGCUCACUGAGGUUCUUCUCUGGUUUAAUAAGCAGAAGGUGUCUGAGAAGAUGAAGCCUCUGGAGCUUUCCUCACAGUUUGGGAACGGCAGCAAUGACUCUGGGUCUUGUGUGGGGGGGGCCCAGCAUGUGUCUAUCACUGUGCUCCUGUGCCUGGUCUUCUUCCUGGGCUUCCUCCUCAACACUUUCAGCCUCUGGGUGUUCUGCUGCAGGAUGCCCUGCUGGAGCUGUGGAACCACGCUGCAGUUCCACCUGGCCCUCAGUGAUGCCAUCGCGACCCCCGUCACCCCCAUGAUGGCGGUGUACUUUGCCAUGGGGAACCACUGGCCUUUUGGUCGCUUCCUGUGCCAAGUCAAGAUUGCCUUGCUAAUUUCCCAUUUCUACGGCAGCACCAUCUUCCUCACUCUGAUAAGCAUCCAUCGCUAUGUGGCCGUGGUGCACUUCAACAGAGGCUCCUGUAUGAAACGUAAGGAGUUUGUGCAGAGGCUGUGUGCAGGGGUUUGGUUUCUGCUGCUCAUCCAGGCUCUCAUCUACGCGUUGGCGCUUCCUCCGAGUAAAGAGGGCAGGAACACCCAAUGCCUCACCAUCCAUCAGAGAAACCUAUCAGACGCCUACUUUAUCAUUAACUUUGUCCUGUUCAUCUUAGGGUUUCUACUCCCUUUCCUGGUGUCCGCUGUUUGCUACGGCCGUCUGGUGAACUCUCUGACCCGCCUGAACAUCAGCACGCCUAAAGGUCUGAACGUGAAGGUGAAAUCUCAGAGGAUGAUCGCUAUGUGUCUGCUCAUAUUUGGGAUGUGCUUCCUGCCUCUGAACGUGGUACGAACCGUGGGAGUGGUACUUAAGAAAUACUACCCGCAACAAUGCAAAGUUCUUCUGCAGAUGGAGACGGCGUAUUAUGCUUCGUGGAUUUUAGCAGGUGUGAACAGCUGCUUGGAUCCACUGUUGUACUGUUUUGGGACGCAUAAAGUUCGGGAGGCAUUCCAGUCUUUCAGGAUUGGUCGGGGAGAGGUGAUGGCCAGAAAUGAUUCAGAAACCACUGCAAAUCAGUAACAUGGAGUCAUGCAUCAUAGCUGAGUCUGAUCCAUGUUGGAGGCCCAGAAUCCAACGUUGGGGAAAGACCAUGGGACAGAGAACUCUGCCUUAAUACUUUUCAAGCCUGGGGAGGAAGAUGAUACAUAAUACAUGCCUUCUUUUAAUUUGCACACUUGAUUUUACCCAAAUAUCUUAGGGACACAAUAUAACCUUCUUUAUUAAAGUUUUGAUUUCCUUACUGAGCCAGAUUCGGCCUAACUGUAUUUUCUACAUUCCCUGGGGCUAGCACCUGAGCCGGUUGGCGCCAAUUUCUAUUCAUAGUGUGUGUGCUGAACAUUCAGUGAGAGCACAUGUUGGGGAGCUUGUAAUAUAUUUUGAAUGUGCUAAAUAUACAUAUAAUCCUUUUUUCGUUUCUGUUUAAAAUGUGGGGCUUUAAUUUGGUUGUGGUUGGGUUAGGGUGGUUUCUUUUGGCUAAUGUACGGUGAGGCAAAUUGCUUUUGCUUGAACAUAGCUUCAUAUUUAUAUCAUUUUUGGAAUUCAUUUCUUUGACACAUAAUUUCAUACUAGUGUUCUGCACAAAGGUUGCAAAUGUACGCAUGGUCAGCAGUGCUUGGUUCCAUGAGGACGAGGGGCCUUCUACAAUGUGUCAGGGGGAUAACGGACGGAAACCUAUUCAAUUGAUAAAUAAUACAUGUUUGCUAUUUUCUCCCUCAAAAAUACAAACCCAUCUCCAUCAUGGUUUUCCCUUUUUAGGUAGAAAGUUUGUUUUUCUUCUUUCUUUUCUGGUUUUAUGAACCCUAAAGAAGUGAUAUCUAUUUUCUAUGCAAAUUGAGUGUGUAGGUAUGUCAUAUAUGGCCUAAAAUGUUAAGUGCUAAAAACAUUUUAUUCUGGGAAGUAAAUAAAGUUGUUCUCACCUUAAAUCAUUGCUUUAAACAUCUCUUUCAAUUAGGUUUAAAAUGAUUGGGUAAAUGCUGAUGUAUUUUAUACAUUACCACUGAAAUAAAUUUCUCAC